GGGCUGAGUGUCCUGGCCAGGGGAGGCCUAUAAAUGCUGGGCCCACAGGAUGCUGUCAAACCCUUCUGUGUGACUCUUCAGCUUAGCUCAGAGUACAGGAAGACCAGGACAAAAUGUCGCAGUCGCUGAUGGAAUGCAGCGUGGACACCAUCAUCAACAUUUUCCACCAGUACUCCGUUCGCCUGGGGCACCCCGACCGACUGAACCAGAAGGAAUUCUCCCAGAUGGUGAAGAAGGAGCUGCCUACCUUCCUCAAGAAGGAGAGGAGGAACGAAGCACUCAUCAAGGACAUGAUGGAGGACCUGGACACAAACGGAGACAAGGACCUGAGCUUCGAGGAGUUCGUCACCCUGGUGGGCAGGCUGACGGAGGCGUCCCACGAGCAGAUGCACAAGGACACCCCCAAAGGGCACGGCCACGCCCACGGGCCAGGCUUCGGGGAGGCUGGCCGCAACCCCUGCAAAACCCAGGGUGGUGGCCGUGGCCAAGGCCAUGAUGGCCACGGCCACAGCCAUGAUGGCCACGGCCACAGCCAUGAUGGCCACGGCCACAGCCACUAACCAGGAGGCAGGCCUCCCUGUCCCUCCCAACCGGGGCCCCAGGCUGUGUGCGCACAGCUGAGGCGGGGCCUGAGCGGCGAGGCCGGGGGUUGAGAUGAAUAAAGAGUUCCUCCAAGACAA